UGACAGUUCAAAAUGGCGAUGUUGGCAGAACCACGCCGUAAACAAAAAUAUUCGGUCAAUCCACGGGGUACAGAUUGGAGUAAAGAUGACAAUAAAUUCGGACAGAAAUUGUUGGAAAAGAUGGGUUGGAAUAAAGGAAAGGGUCUUGGAGCCAACGAAGAUGGUAGAACAGACCACGUUGGAAUUAAAUUUAAAGCCGACAAUAAAGGUGUGGGCUGUUCCAAUAAGUAUGUCGAUAAUUGGAUAGAACAUCAAGAUGAUUUUAAUGAUCUUCUGCAGUGCCUCAACCAAAAUCAUGAUACUUCUACAGGUAAUCAAGAAGACGAACCUGAUCAGCACUCGGUUGCCAGUCUUGAAAAUAAAUCCAAGAAAUCGAGAAGUAGAGUUCAUUAUAUGAAGUUUACUAAAGGUAAAGACCUGUCUUCUCGAUCUAAAGAAGAUCUAGCCUGUAUAUUUGGUGAAAGAAAACAUAAGAAAAAAGACAGGAAAACUGUGGAAGAAGAAGUUAUACAUGAAGUAGUACAAGAAGUAACUGUCACAAAAAAUGAGGAUAUCGAAAACAAUCACGGUGUUCAAACUUUCACCAACUCAUGCAGUAUUCAAGAAUAUUUUGCACUAAAAAUGAAGCAGCGGAAACAAACGUUACAGAAAAGUGAUCCAUCACCACCCUCAUCUGAGCUGACAAUAAAAAGUGAUGAUGAAGCCAAAAGUGAUGAUGAUAUCCAUACACGUACGAACUCUUCCAUGAAUAAGUCAAAGCGUGUUAGUUUUAAUCUUGAUUAUCAGUGUUUUGAAGACAAUACUUAUACUAAUAUAAGAGAGAAAUCCCUUAAGUCUAAGAAGAAAAAGAAAAAACAUAAUUUGGAAGUUAGUUCUGAAGACAGUGAAACUGAAACCAAGAAGUCUAAUAAAAAAUCCAAAAAGAAGAAAAAGGUCACAGAAGUAGAGACUGAAAUGGAUGAAGAAGUUCAUGCAGAAAUUAAUGCAGUAGAAGUUGAAAGUGGCGUGGUUAAAACUAAGAAGAAGAAGAAAUCAAAGAAAAGAGUCAGAGAAGUUGAAGAAGAAGUUGAAAAUGAGGAUUCUGUUCCAAAACGAAAGAAAAAGAAGUCCAAGAAAAAGGUUCAAGAGGAAGAAAUUGAAGUAGUUGAACAAACUAAAAACAAGUUAUUGAAGAAGAAGAAAAAAGGUUUGAGAAAAAAGGAAGCUAACUGUAAUGGUUCUGUUGAUGUUUUAAACCAAAAACCUGUUAGGACUGAAUAUCAUGCUAUUGAUCAGCAUAAAUGGAAAUGUAGUGAAUCUUUAACUAGUGAUCAAGUAAAGACUAUCUGUACAUCAUUUAAGGGAGCAGAUAUACAUAAGAUAGUAGGCUAUUUAAACUCUGGACCUGUAGCUACAGAUUAUUAUAGUUAAUGUUUGUUCUUGUUAGCUCUUUAUUAAAAUUUAACCCAUUA